UUGCAGCUGCUUAAGCAGCAGUGGCCCCCGCCCCCGGGCACCUCUCGCGGGCCCUCGAGGGCCCUACACCUCCGGCCCCGCAAGAACAGCGGCAGGAGGGGGCAGCAGGAUGAACGUGGGCACGGCACACAGUGAAGUGAACCCUAACACACGGGUGAUGAACAGCCGCGGCAUCUGGCUCUCCUAUGUGCUGGCCAUCGGGCUUCUCCAUGUCGUGCUGCUCAGCAUCCCCUUCGUGAGCGUCCCUGUCGUCUGGACCCUCACCAACCUCAUCCACAAUAUGGGCAUGUACAUCUUCCUACACACGGUGAAGGGGACACCCUUCGAGACCCCGGACCAGGGCAAGGCAAGGUUGCUAACCCACUGGGAGCAGAUGGACUACGGGGUUCAGUUCACAGCGUCUCGGAAGUUCUUGACCAUCACACCCAUUGUGCUGUACUUUCUCACCAGCUUCUAUACCAAGUAUGACCAGAUCCAUUUCAUCCUCAACACUGUGUCUUUGAUGAGUGUGCUCAUCCCCAAGUUGCCGCAGCUCCAUGGAGUCCGGAUUUUUGGAAUCAAUAAGUACUGAGGGUGUAGCCCCUUUCCCUGCCCAGAUGGCAGGAGAGGGGUAGAAGCCUGUGUUGUGUUGCUGAAGACAGAAGGAGCCUCUGGAUACUGCCAGAGAUGGGGGUUGAGCCUCUGGGCCCUAGUUUCCCCCCUUACUUCCCCCAGUAGCCAACUUGAAGUAGCUUGUAAUGGAGUUGGGGUUUCCCCCCACCCACGCCCCCCGGCCUCUAACCCUUCUGAUUUUUUUUAUCUUUUUCUUUUGCCUUUUGGAUAGAGACUCCUGGGGGGUGGUCAUGGAAUUAGCUGGGCUUCCAGGCUGAACACAGGCCCGUGAGCUUGGGACAAGAGGCAAGGGAAACCCCCUGCUCACUUUCUCAUUCUCAGAUCGCUAAAGCACUUUAACCCCUGUGAGGGGACGGUACAGCUUCUAGAUUGUUUCACUUUAGUUCUGAAGCUCUUAGGAUGACUCUCAGUGUGUGCUUGUAUUUAUGAAAGCCAGUGGGUGAUGGUGCCUCAUUCCUCUGGGUAGAGCACGUCUAAUCAAAGCCUCAUGCUUUUGGUGGCUCUCCUAUAACCCACCCUGGGUAGUGGGUGGGAGUGGGGAGGGUAAGGAGAGGGAUGGUAGAGCUGGGUGUAGAUGGCCUGGUCCCAGAGGUGAGGGGGCCAGGAUUGCUGCCAUGCUGCCUUGUUGGAGGCCGGGAGGGUAUAAGAGGGGGUGGGGAUGGUGAGUUGAGACUCAGAAAAAGGGGAUCACAUAGCAGCAGACAUUGGUGUGAGGGAAGGAGGGUGGGGACAGAAGCUAGACCCAACCUCACCCUUUGGGAAGUGGUCAGGGAGGGGGCAUGCUUGGAGAGUUAAUUUACCUACAGCAUGGGGGUUGUAAUAGGGAGACUGCUGUGAGUUUGAGGCUCCCAGGUUGGUGUGAGGGGGUGGAGAUGGGUGUAAGAGGCCUGUGAGUCGUUAUAAGCACAGGUCCAGUUUGACACUGCCUUCUGCAGUAUUGUGAGGGGCAUGGGGAAACUGGGACAGAAAUGAUGAACGGUGGGGCCCUUCACUUCUCAGCCUCCCUGUGUAGCUGGCACUGGGGCAGGGCCUCUUGUGCGGCAUGCACACAUGGGGCUUUGAGGCCACCCCCAAGUGAGUCAGUGGGCUGCAGAGUCCUGCCUGGUCCCUGCUGGUGCAGGGCAGUGGAAGGAGCAAGGAGUGGCCUGUAGGCACUGUCUCCUCACCCUGAGAGGAGGAGAGGUUGGGCAGGAGCCCCAGCAGGGCUGGAGAGGAGCUGCCUUCUCCCUCCCCAAUCUGACUGGGGCCUGUGUUACUUUUGAAAAGGUGUGGGUGCCCGUGCCCCUUCCCAGGGCCCCGAGGGACAAGGGGACGUCAUUGGCUCUGUUUUCUGCCUCUUGGUCCCCUGGCUCCCACCCCAUGUAUCAUAGGGAACUUUCACCUCAAAAUCUUUCUAAGCAAAGUGUGAAUAGGAUUUUUACUCCCUUUGUACAGUAUUCUGAGAAGUGCAAAUAAAGGACAGUGUGUUCCUGUUUCCCCUUGA